AUGCUGCUGGUUGCUGCAUUCGUGUUCGUUUACUACACCUCUUGGGCUAUCAUCCUCCCAUUCUUUGACGCCACGAGCCCUGUUCAUGACUACUUCCCGGCGCGCGAAUGGGCCAUUCGUCUGCCAGCGUUCAUACUGGUUCUUGGACUGUCUGGUAUUGGGUUUUUCGUUGGGUCGACAGUCAUAAAAGAGAACCGGAAAAAGGCUCAGAAAGCCAGGUCACGGAAUGCCUAG